UGGAAACUAAUGUAGAAUAUUUGGAUGCACAGCUGCUCAGCAGGCUUUUCUUAGCAACUAAACAACUGCAUUUGUUACAAUAUUAAGUCACUUUAGCCUAAAUAACAUCUUAUACUACUAAAUCAUCAGUUAACUAAUGCAACACUGCAGCCUCCAAACAUGACGGAGCCACCAAGGCUUGUGUCACCCAAAGAGGACAUUUCUUCGCUGUUCCCUGAUCAAACGCCGGCUGCCAAACACAAAGAUCUGAGUGGUCAGUUUUCCUCGGUGAGAAAAAUUAGUGGAGAUGGAAACUGCUUCUACAGAGCGCUGUGCCUUGCCCACGUGGAAUCUAUCCUGGUAAAUACCAGGGCUUUGCACAGGUUCAAGGAGAGAAUAAUGGAGACCGAGAGAGAAUUAUCCUCCGCAGGAUUUGAUGAGAGCUCUUUCAAAGACCACUUGAAUACAUUGACCAAUGUUGUGGAGCAGUGCCAGGCAGAGGAUCAGGAAGAGAUGCUGCUCAGGCUCUUCAAUGAUAAAACUAUCUCUGAUAGUGUGGUGCAAUAUUUUAGGCUGCUCACUUCAGCCUACCUGCAAAACCAUGAGGACCAAUUCUGCAACUUUGUGGAAGCACCCAAUCUGAAGACCUACUGUAAACAAGAAGUGGAGACCAUGGGAAUGGAGUGUGAUCAUGUGGACAUCCUGGCUCUGUCGCAGGCUUUGGAUAUCGGCAUCCACAUAGUUUCUAUGGAAGGUCAAGAACAGCAGCUGGUUCACUACAUCAUUCCAGAGGGUACUGAACCAUCCCUACACCUUCUCUACCAAACAUCCCACUAUAACGUUCUCUACCCGCAACCAAACCACUGACCAUUGUGGGACUGCCAGUGAUCUACCAGGACACAACUCACCUCAGGAUUAAUGUAAAUUAGUCAAAUAAAACUCAAACUGGGCUUAGAGAAAGGUUUAUAGAAAAUUAUUUUUCAUGCCGUUUAUACAAAAUUGCUUUUCAUGCCAUUUAAAGUACAGUAAUUUCACAACACAUCAGUGAAUAUGAUUAUGCACACACAACAUGGUAAGAUGCUUCAAAGGAUUCUUUUUGAUAGUUUUUUAUAAAAUGUAUAAAAUGAACAAUUACAUAAACUGUCACUGAUUGCCUUUUUUUAAAUAUAUAUCUACCUUCGUGUCA